UACGGCAUUAGCACACUCAUUUGGAGUAGGGAAAGAGAAAAAUUAGGGGUUUGACGUUGGCCGGAUGGUUAAAUCCAACCUCCAGACGAUCCUGAAUAGCCACUGUUUUGUCAGAGAAAAAGAGAGUAAUUUAUCCAAGAUGCCAGUGAACGAAAUGACCCGUAAUAAACCCGAGAGUGACAGUUCCCAUCGCUGCAGUAACCUGUUUCCGGGGCCUCUGUGGUGUUCCGAUGUCCCUCUCCCACCCCUGAAGAUCCCAGGUGGGCGAGGGAAUGAUCAGCGGGAUCACAGUCUUUCAGCCAAGCUAUUCUAUUCUGAUGCUCAGUUACUGGUUCUUGAGGAAGCUCCUCAGCUGAACAGCCGUGUACGUUUUUUGCUCUUUGAGCGUCGCUGUUCUCAGAGUAAGCACUUCGUCUGGAGGGGGGCACUGAAAGGUGCAAACCUUUACAUUGAAAUCCCCACUGGUGUCCUCCCAGAAGGAAGCAAAGACAGUUUUUCACUUUUGCUGGAGUUUGCAGAGGAGAAACUACAGGUUGACCACGUUUUCAUCUGCUUCCACAAGAACCGAGAUGACAGAGCAUCACUGCUGAGGACGUUCAGUUUCAUGGGCUUUGAGAUUGUGAGACCAGGUCAUCCCCUUGUCCCAACCCGCCCCGACGCUUUCUUCAUGGCUUAUAGCAUCGAAAGAGACUCCGAAAAUGAUGACUAAAGAUUAUCAAUCACAUCAUUACUUCUCAUAUCUAAGCUGUAUCUCACCCAACAUGGUCACCAUUUAGAGUAUGAAUGUGUCCAGUUGACUCAUGUUAAUUACUACGUUGUAGUUCUUGUAAGGGUUGUGCUGUGUUUUCAGUCAUAUUUGCACUAGUGUAAACUAAAUUUCCACAGUUACCAUUAUUCCGUAAACCCCAGUGGUAAUGGUUUAUCUCCAAAAGCAGUUGGAUUCUUUGCUUAUUUCCCCUCUCCCAUUCCUACAUGGUGAACAUUUUUAGGGCAUAAUAUUUAUGGUUAAGACCCCCAGGCAACAAUGUUUGUAGAAUUAUGGUUUUCAUUGCUGUUAUGUUAACUUUUCUUUUUCCUUCUGUUUUAAAUUGUUUGUAUCUUAAUGUGUGCAUGAGUCUUGAAGUUUUUAGUUAUACUUCAAUAGGGUCUAUCUGCAUGAUUGCUACAGUGUGCAGAAUAAAAAAAAAUUGCUCCCC